AUGGGCCAGGCGAAGAGCAGGAGAAGAACCUGCACGACCCCCCCUCCACGCGGCCAAGAAAUCCGGGGCUGGAUUGACCUGAACCUCCUGCCUCAAGAGCUGCUGGUGCUGAUCCUGAGCUGGGUGCCGGGUCGGACCCUGGUAACCUGCGGCCGGCUGGUGUGCCGGCAGUGGAGGGACUUGAUCGACGGUCCCCUUCUCUGGAAGCUCCAGUGGGAAAGGGACCCCUUGAAGCGGGAGGCUCUCCCGGCUGCCCUCGAAGUUGCCCGCCGCUGCCCCCGCAUGGAGUGGGCACGGGUGGGCAUCCUGCAACCCUUCGGGAGGAACCUGAUCAAGAACCCCCGAGGGGAAGAACAAUUCCAGCACUGGCAGGUUGGACAUGGGGACGGCAUGUGCCUGGGGGGCAACACCUGCUGGAUAUCACAACUCAUCGAUUUGGUGAAGGAAGGUCUGUGGGAAGACCUCUUGGACUCCUUCCAGCCGGACAUUUUUAUCUCUGACUGGUGGGGCACCCACGAAAAAUGCGGCUGCACCUAUAACAUCUAUGUCCUUCUCCUGGCAGCGGACAAAAAUUCAGUGAUCGCCAGAUUUGUCACAGAGAUGGACCCCACAGAGGAGUGGAACGUCCCGUUUCAACAGGCUUCCCACGUCUUCAGACAAUACGGCCCUGGAGUUCGCUACUUGCGCUUCCAGCACAUCGGCAACCGGCCUGGGGUGGAGCACACAGAAGCUCACAUCACCAACUCCACUGUUCUGGUGAAACUCUCACAGUAG